AUGGUCCAAGAAGUUGACGUCCUAAUCUGCGGCAGCGGCUCUGCAGGUCUUUGUGCAGCAGCCUGGCUGGCUAUUUGUGGCAUCAAGUCCUUUAAGAUCCUAGAGAGGCGCGAUGGGCCCAUGGAGAUGGGCCAGGCUGAUGGGGUGCAAUGCCGAACGGUUGAGGUCUUUGAGAGCUUCGGCAUCGCCGAGGAACUACUUCGAGAGGCGUACCACGUAUUGGAAGUCGCGUUCUGGUCUGCAGAUGGCAAAGGAGGCAUUCACCGAACGAGCAGAACUGCAGAUACUCAGCCCGGAUUAUCUCACCAACCCCACGUCAUUUUAAAUCAAGCCAGGAUAAAUGGCUUACUCCUUGACCUUAUGCGGCGAAAUGGCGGCCAGGAGGUAGAGUAUGGUUAUACUGUCAAGAGUGUUGACCUUGAUGCUUCCCUUGUGGAUGAUCCCUUAGCACAUGCUGUGACAGUGGUCGCUGAGAAGGCUGGAAAAGAUGAGACAUUCAAGUCGAAGUAUGUUCUGGGAUGUGAUGGGGCUCACAGCGCAGUCCGAAGAUCCUUGGGAUACCAGAUGGUAGGUGAUACGUCAGAUGCGGUCUGGGGAGUUAUGGAUAUAUAUCCUCGAACCAACUUCCCAGACAUCCGACGGAAGACCACAAUCCAUUCCAACCACGGAAGCAUUCUAGUCAUCCCACGAGAAGGUGGCUCACUCGUUCGCUUCUACAUUGAGUUUCCUUCCGGAACCGACGUGAAGAGUGUAAAGCUCGAACACCUACACGAGAAGGCACGCCAGGUUUUCAGUCCAUACACAAUGGAAUAUGCUGACACCUACUGGUGGUCAUGCUACUGCAUUGGUCAACGUCUCGCGGACCACUUCACGAAAAGUACCCGUGUCUUCCUCACCGGUGACGCAUUCCACACCCACUCACCCAAAGCUGGUCAGGGGAUGAAUGUCAGCAUGCAGGACGGAUACAAUAUUGGUUGGAAACUAGCGACGGUGCUCAAGGGCGGCGCUACCCCUGAUCUGCUCAAGACGUACGAUCUCGAACGUGGAAAGACAGCGGCGGAUCUGAUCGAUUUCGAUCGCUUCUUCACCAAGCUAUUCUCAAGCAAGCAGAACACAACUCCAGAACAGUUCAGCCAAGGCUUCAUAAAAUCGGGGAGAUUUACCGCAGGCCUGACCUCGAAGUAUGAGGACUCUAGUCUCACAUCAAGUGGAUCGAGCAGGCAAGAACUAGCGUCCGAGAUCGUGGUUGGAAUGAGAUUCCCCAAUGCACAGGUGGUGCGAUUCUGUGACGCAAAGGCAAUGCCACUUAUUCAAACCCUGAAAGCGGACGGACGAUGGCGUAUAAUAUGUUUCGCCGGAAGAAUCGGAGAUGCCAAAACCAUCACGAGGCUGCAGAAGACUGCCGACUAUCUAGAUUCCCCACAAGGCCCUGUUCACAGAUACACCCCUCGAGCUGCAGACAUUGAUAGCCUGAUCGAGCCGAUUGUCGUGCUCAUUGGCCCUCAUGCGGAGCUCGAGCAAGAGCAUAUCCCCAAAUAUUUCUGGCCUGUCACAGGGAAAUGGAGAAUGCGAGGCAAGACAAGACCGAGAAUCCAGAUCGACUACAACUCGGGUGAUGGAAAGGCUUACGAGACAUACAACAUCGAUCCGGAUCAAGGAGCAAUUGUCAUCGUGCGACCAGACCAGUAUGUCUCUAAGGUCCUUUCCAUUGAUGACAAUGAGGGAAUCGGCAACUUUUUCGAGGGGUUUGCUGUAUCAAGGAUGAAAAAUGGCGCAUGA